AUGCAUCAACAAGCUCGCCCUGCCCCGCGGGUCUCUUCUCCUGCUUCCGCCCCCCAGACAAAUCCCACUCGAACCAACAACCCGAGAGAGGGCAUCCUUGGCGCUCGUGAUAGAGCUGGGUCGGGAGCUUCUGGCCGCGAUUCUGUCACGGUAUCGCCCACCGCUGACAUGUCGUCUCCGCCCACCGUAUCUGCCGAUGCAGUCAAAAAGCUGGACCAGAUAAUCCAGAACUUUCACACCAAGGCCGCGUCGUUGGUCCUGCAAUCGCGCAUGAAGCUUAAGCCUGUAUAUGCGGCUCGCGGAUCCGGCAGCAAGAAGCUGAACAAAUGGUUCCAAAUCGAGACGGAAGAGUUCGACGACUUCAAGGAGGAGCUCCGGAUCUGGCGAAACUGCGGCAGCUUCGAGAAUAAGCCCAUGCCCCUGAUCAUCGAAACCUAUCUCGAUACCUCCCGUCUUACCCCGAGCCAGAGCCUGGUCAUCGUCGACGAGAAUGGAAAGCGCUGGGACGUCAUGGAAGCUCUGAACUCGUCCGAUUCGAGCGACGACGGGCGUCUAGUCCCCUCAAAAAGGAACACGGAGGUGAUUUUGGAAAGAUGGUGCAUCGAGUUGAAGACGAUGCCCACCACAGAUCUUGACGACUUUGGCCCGACGCUGCCGACGAUUUACAAAAAGAGCAUCGUCUUCUUUCGGUCGCUCUUCGUUGCAACAAGGAUCCUUCCAGGGUGGAAGUUCUCCCAGUCAUCGUUGACAAAAGGUGUCCACCCUUCUUUGGAGCCCCGCUGCCGUAUCCGAACCGGUGAGCCCGACACUGGCGGUCUUGACCGGCUUAGGCAUCCGUUGUACGACGGACGGCCGGAUGUCGUGACCGACUACGUUUUUGGCGACUUGGAGGUACCCGUGGGCCGCUUCCACGCAUCUGUGACAUACAGAAACGAGUGCAACUUCCGGGUAGAUGAUUCGGAGGCGCUUCUCAGUUCGCGCUUCAUGGGUGUUGACGAGAACUUCUUCAAGCCAUCACUGCCUCAACGACGCGAAAGCACCAGGAGAAAUGACCCCGAGGUCGGAUCUCUUCCAUCUCACCGGAGAAGCCGGAAUCUAUCAGAUAUUCACCAGACAUACGGCAGCCUUUCGACCUUCCACGGCGAAGGUGCCCUGGCCACCAGUCCUAUAUCGGCCCUCAAAGCCGUGAGACCCCCCGGGUCUGACACAAGCUCACCACCGGGAUCCGCCCCAACAGGCAACGAACUAAACCCUCCAAACUCACUACCCGUCACCGGCCUCGCGGCGAGACCUUCUAUGAAGGGCUUUGGCACCACUGGUCGCCGGCCAUCUGUCUCAUUUCAGCCUUUCAAGGCUGGCUCCCUGUCGGGAUCACCCAUACCGCGGACGUUAGAUUCCGAGUCACCCGCUUCUCCGGCCUCGCGCGCCGCGGCUCUCAACGCUCUCACCCAGCCGCGCAAUCGCACAUCUUUAACAGCAGGGAUGCCUGCUUCUCUCCGAGGCGGUCCCCCACCGGCCGAGGCCGCCGUGGUAGGCUCGCCGCGACCAUCCUCGACCAGCCGCUACAGCAGCAGCUUCACUCAUCGCAAGGGGCGACUGUCAUUUGGUGGCGCUAGCAAGGCCGGCGAUGACGAACAGGGCAGCAGCGGGCGACAGAGUCUGUCUUCGUCUGUGGCCCAGCCAGGAUCCGGUCUUUUGGCCGAAGCAAGUGGAGGGGGCAGCUCUGGGUCUCUACAGACUGACGAUGACCAGAUUUCCGAGUUUCUCAAGGCGCUGGACAGUAAGAAGACUCUCAAGAGUUUCGAAUCCGGCAAAAAGGGCGAGGGGGCGACGAACCGGACAGUUGCGCAGCUCUCGAGGUUCCACCUCAUGAAGGAGUCAAACAAUGCGCUGACUGACUCCAUGACCUCAUCGAUGCAUAUGCAGCGUUCAUCGAGCUCAUCCAGCCGGCAACUCUCCAACGUUCCCAGCAUGGCUGCGCCUGCGUCUGUAUCGGUAUCCUCUUCGCCCGGAAAGCCCUUGUCCCCACACACGCCUCACACGCCUGCUGUUCCUUCACGACUGAGCGAAAACUCGAUCAUCAACUACAACACGAGCCAGCCGCGGAGCGAGCGAACCGACCCGAGUGCGGAAAACACACAGCUCGCCAGGGAAGACACCAUGACCCAGGACGGGACCACUGCUAUCGACAUUCCAAUAUCACCCAGAAUUGGCAUCCAUCCUCGAAGGUCAAGCUCGGUGGCGCAACAGAACCGGGCUACGGUGGACGACGAUGACGGGGACCUUGCCUUUGCCGCGAAUCGUAGCAUAAGCCUAGGUGCGGAAGACCGCGAGCCGCCGACGCUUAGCAUGCUGUUGGGUAGACAAACGGCAGCCGCGUCAUCAUCUCAUCAACCUGGCACUUCACUGCAACCCGCGUCCGAAUUGCCGUCCUCGGGCUCAGCAGACAUGAUGAGGCAGGGCUCCUCGGAAGGCUCUAAGCCCCCGGGUGGCCUGAUGACUGUUGCCCCUUCAAGUUCCCCCUUUGGCAGACGCCGGUACGCCGGUAUGCCUUCGGCGGGCGGACGAGGCCAGACCCCCCCUCAAUCAUCAAGAGGCAGCUUUACAGGUUCCAGCGGCCGAUACGCACGCGGCGAGCACGACCUAAUGGACGAGGAGCCCCUUCUCUUCGACAUGUCAGAGAUGGACGCGCAGUCACGGAGGAGCUUGGAGGAGGGACGAGGCGGCGGCAAUGUGGGAUCUGGGUCGGGAAGCCGCGCCGACUUUGAGCCUCGAGGCAUUAGCCGACGAGGCUGGUGA